AUGGCCAAGUUAACUGGACAGGAAGUCGCAGAACAUAACUCGAAAGAGUCGUGUUGGGUUAUUGUUCAUGGAAAAGCUUAUGAUGUUACGGAAUUCUUACCUGAACAUCCUGGUGGACCUAAGAUUAUUCUCAAAUAUGCCGGCAAAGAUGCUACAGAAGAAUACGAGCCAAUUCAUCCCCCUGACACUCUCGAUAAAUUCCUAGACAAAUCGAAACAUCUAGGACCAGUUGAUAUGGGCACAGUCGAGAAGGAAGAGAAGGAAUUUGAUCCAGAUGAAGAAGCAAGACAAGAGAGAAUUGCACGUAUGCCAAUUCUAGAACAAUGCUACAAUUUGAUGGAUUUCGAGUCCGUGGCAAGAAGGGUUAUGAAGAAGACUGCUUGGGCAUACUAUUCCAGCGGUGCUGAUGAUGAAAUUACUAUGCGCGAAAAUCAUUCUGCCUUUCAUAAGAUAUGGUUUCGGCCAAAGGUUCUUGUGGAUGUGGAAAAGGUCGAUUUUACUACAACUAUGCUUGGAACGAAAGUCGAUAUCCCUUUCUAUGUGACAGCUACAGCAUUAGGAAAGCUUGGACACCCCGAAGGAGAGGUUGUCUUCACACGAGCGGCGAAGAAACACAAUGUUAUACAAAUGAUUCCAACUCUAGCAUCUUGCUCGUUUGAUGAAAUCAUGGAUGCCGCAGAGGGGCAGCAGGUUCAAUGGUUACAAUUAUACGUCAACAAGGAUCGAGAGAUUACAAAGAAGAUUGUUCAGCAUGCUGAGUAUCGUGGUUGCAAGGGUCUAUUCAUCACAGUCGAUGCUCCUCAAUUAGGAAGAAGAGAAAAGGAUAUGCGUUCAAAAUUUACGGAUGUAGGAUCUUCUGUUCAAUCAAGCAGUGGACAAUCCACGGACAACUCUCAAGGUGCAGCAAGAGCUAUUUCGAGUUUUAUCGAUCCAGCUUUGAGUUGGAAAGAUAUUCCUUGGUUCAAGUCUAUUACCAAGAUGCCUAUCAUUCUCAAGGGUGUUCAACGUGUAGAAGAUGUCAUUCGAGCUGUCGAAUGUGGCGUUCAAGGUGUUGUGCUCUCUAAUCACGGAGGUCGUCAAUUAGAUUUUGCUCGAUCGGGUAUCGAAGUUCUCGCAGAAGUUAUGCCCGUUCUUCGAGAGCGUGGAUGGGAAAAUCGUAUCGAGAUUUAUAUUGAUGGCGGCAUCAGAAGAUCCACGGAUAUUAUCAAAGCACUUUGCUUGGGUGCUAAAGGUGUUGGAAUCGGUAGACCUUUCUUGUAUGCUAUGAGUGCGUAUGGAUUGGCGGGUGUAGAUCGUGCUAUGCAGUUAUUGAAAGAUGAGAUGGAAAUGAAUAUGAGGUUGAUUGGGUGUUCGAGUGUGGAUCAGUUGAAUCCGACAUUGAUCGAUACUAGAGGAUUAAGUUCACAUACUACAAUGGUUCCGAUUGAUACUUUGGGUAUGACGACUUAUGAUCCUCUGGCGAAUCCAGCAGAGAAAGCCAAGGCGAAGUUGUGA